AUGGCGGACGAAGGUGCCAGCUCGCGCAAUAGAAAUAGCCAAGGAACAUUUCCUUGUGAUGUCGCACAGCCAGGUUCAGAAGGUCCAGACAAGUCAACAAAAGGAGACAAUUCAACACAGGUAGACAAGUCAACAAAGGGAGAUAAUUCAACACAGGUAGACAAGUCAACAAGGAGAUAUGAUUCAGCACAGGUAGACAAGUCGACAAAGGGAGACAAUUCAACACAGGUAGACAAGUCAACAAAGGGAGAUAAUUCAACACAGGUAGACAAGUCAACAAAGGGAGACAAUUCAACACAGGUAGACAAGUCAACAAAGGGAGACAAUUCAACACAGGUAGACAAAUCAACAAGGAGAUAUGAUUCAGCAGAGUUAGACAAGUCAACAAAGGGAGAUAAUUCAACACAGGUAGACAAGUCAACAAAUGGAGAUAAUUCAACACAGGUAGUCAAGUCGACAAAGGGAGAUAAUUCAACACAGGUAGACAAGUCAACAAAGGGAGAUAAUUCAACACAGGUAGACAAGUCAACAAGGAGAUAUGAUUCAACACAGGUAGACAAGUCGACAAAGGGAGGUAAUUCAACACAGGUAGACAAGUCAACAAAGGGAUAUAAUUCAACACAGGUAGACAAGUCGACAAAGGGAGAUAAUUCAACACAGGUAGACAAGUCAACAAAUAGAGAUAAUGCAACACAGGUAGACAAGUCGACAAAGGGAGAUAAUACAACACAGAUAGACAAAUCAACAAAGGGAGAUGAUUCAACACAGGUAGACAAGUCGACAAAGGGAGAUAAUUCAACACAGGAAGACAACUCAACAAAGGGAGACAAUUCAACACAGGUAGACAAGUCGACAAAGGGAGAUAAUACAACACAGAUAGACAAAUCAACAAAGGGAGAUAAUUCAACACAGGUAGACAAGUCGACAAAGGGAGAUAAUUCAACACAGGAAGACAACUCAACAAAGGGAGACAAUUCAACACAGGUAGACAAGUCAACAAAGGGAGACAAUUUAAUACAGGUAGACAAGUCAACAAAGGGAGAUAAUUCAACACAGGUAGACACGUCGACAAAGGGAGAUAAUUCAACACAGGUAGACAAGUCGACAAAGGGAGAUAAUUCAAUACAGGAAGACAACUCAAGAAAGGGUGACAAUUCAACACAGGUAGACAAGUCAACAAAGGGAGACAAUUUAACACAGGUAGACAAGUCAACAAAGGGAGAUAAUUCAACACAGGUAGACACGUCGACAAAGGGAGAUAAUUCAACACAGGUAGACAAGUCGACAAAGGGAGACAAUUCAACACUAUCACAUGAACCUCUACAUUCACAAGUGGCCGAUCCACGCACAGAACUGUCUAAAAUGGUAGUCACAGACAAGAUUGCGACAAAAAGUAUCAGAUCGCUGGAUUGCAGCAUAGACCCGUAG